CAGAGGGAUGUUUGUCCUAAAAGGGCCACCGUAAUAGAGAGAAUGUACAUACAUUGCCAAGCGGCGGCAUCAGGCUGCGGGCUUUGUGUACGCCCUUUAACUGCGUGGUUUUUAUUAUUUUAUAUUAAAGAGGCGAUGGCGUGCUAACAGCGGGACAUAAGCGAUGAGUGAUAUCCGCCAUUCCUUGCUGAGGCGAGAUGCCCUGAGUGCUGCCAAGGAGGUGCUGUACCACAUGGACAUAUAUUUUAGCAGCCAGCUUCAGAAUACCGCUGUCCCCAUUGUGGAUAAAGGCACCAUUGAACUGGUGGAGGAGUUCAUCUUCCAUGUGCCCAAAGACCGCAAUGUACAGCCAAAAAGGAUGAACUCACUGCAAGAGUUGCAGCUGCUAGAGAUCAUGUGCAGUUACUUCCAGGAGCAGAGCAAAGACGCAGUGCGGCAGAUUAUCUUCUCUGCCCUCUUCAGUCCCCAAGGCAACAAAGCGGAUGACGACAGAAUGGCUAUGCUGGGCAAACUGGUGUCCAUGGCUGUGGCCAUCUGCAGAGUGCCCAUCCUGGAGUGUGCUGCUUCGUGGCUGCAGAGGUCCCAUGCUGUAUACUGUGUACGUCUUGCCAAGGUCUUAGUAGAUGACUACUGCAGCUUGGUGCCAGGGUCGGUCCAAACGCUUCAGCAGAUCUUCAGUGCCAGCCCUCGGUUCUGCUGUCAGUUUGUUACGGCCGUCACAGCCCUCUAUGACCUCUCAUCAGAGGACCUGAUUCCACCCUUUGACCUUCUGGAGAUGGUGGUGAACUGGAUCUUCGAUGACCCUCGGCUGACACUCAUCACCUUCCUCAACACGCCGAUCUCAGCCAGCCUGCCCCUCGGCUGUCUGGACCUCACUCCGCUGUUGGGGCUGGUGCGGUGGUGUGUUAAGUCCCCUUUGGCCUACAAGAGGAACACAAAGCCCUCCCUGUCCAACGGCCACGUGGGCAAACUCCCUGGAGAGAUGGCGGAGUGCGAGGGGGGCGACAGGGACUCGCAGCCUCUGUAUUCCAAGCUUCACCUGAGCGUCCUGCAGGUACUCCUGAUGCUGCAAGCGCACUUGACAGAAAAGAACCUGUUUGGCCGCUUGGGACUCCUGCAGUUUGAAAAUGUGGCUCAACUUGUGGAAGAGCUGGCCAGGCUGGUGAACGAACUGAACCCUCUGAAUGCCACCAAAGAAACCGAGCUCUCUUUGGACAGACUGGCUCAGUCACUGCAGGUCGCCAUGGCAGCAGGAGCAUUGUUGUGUGCGAGAGAGGACCUGAGGUCUCUUUGUACCAGGCUGCCCCACAAUAACUUGCUUCAGCUGGUGAUGUCAGGCCCAGUCCAGCAGCAAGCUCAUUCUCCAUAUCAGCCUGGGUUUUACCCCCACAUCCACACACCACCGCUGGGCUACCCUCCCCGACCUGCUCCUGCUGCCCACUCCACUCUCCCUGCACACCCCGCACACAACACGCACUCUCCUCACCCCGCCCAGACUUUUUUACCAGGGAUGACCUUUCCUUACCGCCCAAUCCGCUAACGAGGACCUGCUUCCAAAAAAGCUGCACUGUUCGUAUUUCUGAAAAGAUGGGCCAGCUAUACUUGCAAUAUGAUAAUUGUAUUCCUAAAAUGGUAUUGUGAAAUUUUGUAUUAUUUGCCAUAAAUUCAACCUGGGUCAGUAAUUAAUAAUAAUGUAUAAGCUGUAAUGCACCAAGCAGGAAAUUCCAGAUGGGACGGUUGUUGGUACCGGAGCUGUUCUAGGGUUCGGGUAGUGUAGGGAUUAUGGAAGCCUGCAACAAAGAUGGUAGGUGUAGAAUCCUGCUGCCUGCUUGGUAAUCUGAGCCAAUGUGGAAUGUAUACAUGGGUUUCCCAGUGAUGUAUACAUUGGGGGUGGCAAGUGCCAUUCCAUCUUCAGUACUCUUAAAUAUACAGAUUGGGAACACUGCGCCAUGCUGUAGUCAUGCAUUUGCAUCAUUUCAUUUUUGAAUUAAAAAUAAUAAUAAUAAAUCAGUUGAAUAGGUGAAGGAUUGGACCUGAUUGAGGAAUAUUCCAUGUUAUACAACUGUAUGCAAGGUCUGGUGUUUGGCCAAAGAAGAUUAGUAGUAAUUACAUUUGCAUUUAUCUACUAUUAAAAACAAUAAACAAAUAAUCUUGAACCUUGCUUCAAAAGUUAAUCCUGUUUUAGGUUCGUUUUGGUCUUGUGAAGACACCGCAAGAGGCCCUGGUAGGACUGAAUAGAUGUACCAGUCCUGAAUUCAAAAAUGUGAAUUUUCCCCAAUAAAUAUUCAGUCGAGUCUCUGUCUGUCGGUGGAGCAUUGGCCCAAGAAAUUAAGUAUGAAACAUCCACAGACAGUGUAUCCACUUAUACUUCACACUUUCAGUUUGUUCAAUUUCUGUUUCUUAAUAGGAUGACAAUGCAAUAAUUCAUUACAAAAGCACAAUAAUAACAGACCAUUAAUAAGUGUUAAUUGCAGGUUAAAAAUAGUUCAAUCUUGGAUUAUGGAACUGAAAAACUGAGUUCAUUCUUGCAGAUGUCUACAGAAUUCAGAACAGGUGGACCAUAAAAAUACAAUGUUUCAUGAAAUGACAAUGUAUCACUGUAAAUGAUUAAUUUUUGUAUUUGUUGGGCAAAUGUAAUAAACUGCUUAUAAUAAA